GGCAGGGGUGAGGUAUAAAAGUGAGCGGUACACCACCACUCUGGCAUAGUUCACGAACAACCACGUGCCUGCCGGCCGAAUCACUCGCAUAAACAAUGAAGCUUCUGGUAACCCUCUGUGCUGUGGCGUCCCUGGCGGUAGCUCUUCCCCAGAGAAGAGCACCGUCGAAGCCGGAGCAGCCGCAGUCGCUCGACGACCAGCAAGCCGCCGAGCAGAACUACAACAACUACCCGCAGGACUACAGACAGCAGCAGCAGGAGUACAGACAACAGCAGCAGCCGCAGGAGUUCAGACAGAACAAGCCGAUCGACGACUUCAGACCUAAAGUGCAGCUGGAGACUACCACCUACAUUCCCAUCAUCCGUUUUGAUAAGGAACAAGGCACCGAUGGAAGCUACAAGACUUCGUACGAAACCGGCAACCACAUCCAAGCUGAAGAGUCCGGUUUCCUGAAGUCCGUCGGUGAAGACCAGAACGCCCUGGUCCAGCACGGAUCCUACAGCUACACCGCGCCCAACGGAGAGGUCAUCACCGUCGAGUACACCGCUGACGAGUUCGGCUUCAGGGUCAAGGGAGACCACAUCCCCACUCCACCCCCAGUGUCCCCUGAGAUCCAGAAGGGGUUGGACCUCAUCUACGCUGGAAUCAAGGCUAACGCGGAACGUGACGCGUUAGAAGCCAAGAACAACCCUGAGGCCGCCAGACAACAGCAAGACAGAGCAGCCCUUGACUACAAAGGACAAUACUACCAGCAGUAAAUCCUAGUGUAAGGACCUAAGGACUAACCGUGCUCCGUACCUGAGAAAAGGGGGGGUUAUGACGUCAAGCACUACGCAACAUAAAACCAUAGAUACUCAUUAUUUUUUAAAAUAGUUACUGAUCUUUAUGGUUAUUUAUAUCGUCAAUCCGACAGUGGUUCAAUUUUUGACUGAUUGAUAAACCACUGCCAUUCUAAUCAGUCCAAAUUCAAAUAUGCCAUAAUUUUAAAGUUCACUAUAUUAGUGCAUAUAAAAGCAAGAAACUCAAAUUUAGUGUUGGUUUAAGCUUUAAUUUAACAGUAUUGUUUGUACGAAGGUUAAUUAACAUAUAUUAUCAAUACAAACAAUUGGCUAAAGAACUUUUCUGCCAUAAUUUAAUGCCUUUUUUAAAACAGACAAAUUCUGUAUUCUGUACUCUCCUCACAAAAUGAGGGUAUUUAAAAAACAAAUGCCGUAAGGUUGGAGGGUUUGUGUGUAUUCUAAUAAUAUUCGAAUAAUGGAUUUUAGAAUAGAUUUGUAUCGCCAACCCUUUAACGUCGGUGUUUUACCUCUGUGUCCCCUUAGUUAGUCUCUGCAUAUCCUGUAUGCCAUUGUGAUAACGUGAAUUGUUUAUUUUAUGAUUAUUAUUACUUUUGUAAAUACGUUUCUUAUUUUUAUAUUUUAAUAAAAUGUUAAAACAUU